AUGUCUGAUACGAUUCGGAACACGUCGUUAAUGUGGCAAAUAUUAAUUAUAGCUAGUUUAAAAAAAAAACCUUUUUACAUUUCAGACAGCGAUCGAGUAGAGCUGAGGUCACAAGUUGGUCAAAUAAAAACAGCCAGAGGUCACCCCAUAUCUUGCUCUAACAGCAGUUCGGGUCGCAGUAAGAGGAUACGGACGAUAUUCACACCAGAACAGCUGGAACGGCUAGAAGCGGAGUUUGAGCGGCAGCAGUACAUGGUUGGACCAGAAAGACUGUAUCUAGCUCACGCAUUACAGCUUACAGAGGCACAGGGAACAGUGGUACGGGUAUCGAACGUUACAACGAACGGACUCGAAAGAAGCAGUGGCGGACUAAGGGCGGGAAGGGGGCGACCCGCCUCGGGGCUCCGGUCCUGGAGAGCCUCCAAAUGGGUUGCCAGCUAA